AUGAGACGCUUUGAUCGCAGUCUGACAACCCCUGACUGUCCUCUUCACCUUCAUCAUCUUCUCACAGCCUUUUCGUGCCAAGUCAUCGUCGGCAUCCGUUUCGCGAUCAUGGGUCGACCAGAGGACAGCAAGGUUGGUCUUCCCACCAGCCACCCGUCCAACCCUGCCCGCAAUCGGCCGCUUCUACCUAGACUCGUUCGAAUCUGCGCUCUCGCCCUUAUCUGUGCCACGCUGUACUACACAGACACACACCUGCUCAAUCUUCCAUCGCCAUCUCGUCAUCAUGGGCAUUCUCCUCAACGUACCCAUGAGGUGUGUCCUCAGGUUCCCCCAUUCCAGCUUCCUGGCCUUGUGCUGACGUCAGGUCACGUCAACACGACCAACAAGGUGGAGCUGCCGUCCAGCGAUGAAUUGGCCAAACUUCUCUCCGGCGCUAUCCAGGUCGACACCACUGUCGGAGACGACUGGCCGACCGUGAAACAGGAUCCAUCUAGGUGGAAGACCGUAUUUGCACCGUUCCACGACUACCUCAGCUCCGCCUUUCCAGCGAUCUAUGCUCCGGACUCGCCGGUGGAGCUUGAAAAGGUUAACGAGUGGGGUCUCGUUUACACCUUCCCAGGCUCGGAUGAAAGGCUGCCGCCGCUCGUGCUCAUGGCUCAUCAGGAUGUCGUACCUGUCGAGCCCGAGACGAUCCCCUCCUGGACGCAUCCGCCUUUCUCUGGCUUCAUCGACAACGAUCUCGGACUUGUUUGGGGUCGCGGUGCCGGCGAUUGCAAGGCUACUAUCGUCUCAAUCCUCGCAACGAUCGAGACCAUGCUGAAAGCAGGCUACCAGCCUAAAAGGACCAUUGUAUGCUCGUUCGGCUUCGAUGAAGAAAGUGCAGGAACGCAAGGUGGUGUCGAGCUAGCCAACUUUCUCCACGAGCGAUAUGGCGAUGAUGGCGUUGCGAUGAUCGUCGACGAAGGCGGUGAGAUCGGUUUGGAUCUCGGAAUCCCCGUCGCUGCGCCUUGCGUUGCCGAGAAGGGCUACCUGGAUGCUAGGGUGACGGUGUACACUCCAGGCGGCCAUUCUUCCGCUCCGCGCGACCACACUUCGAUCGGCCUGCUCUCACAGCUCAUUACCGCUAUCGAGGCAAACCCUUACGACGCUGCGAUCCACCUCACCGGCCGAGAUAAGGAUCAGGUCACUCCAGCUCUGCAGUACUUGCAAUGCACACGGGACGCACCCGGUGCGGAUCGAAAGCUCACCAAAGCACUCAAGGAGCUCGAGCGGAUGCAGCGCAAGCACGAGUCGGCGCGUUGGGGUCGAGCGUGGCUGGAGAACAAGCUGGACAAGCAGGCAGCUAAGUUGCUGUCGCUCAUGGACCGAUGGCAGCGCUUCAACUUCCAGACUACACAGGCUGUCGACCUCAUUUCUGGCGGUGUCAAGAUCAAUGCGCUGCCGGAACAGGUUACGACGGUGAUCAAUCAUCGGAUUGACGUGACAUCUUCGACUGCCGAGGUUCGCCGUCAUAUCUACGAAACGCUGAAGCCAGUCGCUCACAAAUUGAACCUUACGAUACAAGGCGAUGGUGAUGCAUGGGACUUUUUGCCUUCAACCGCCGCUGCGAGUAGCAGUGGUGCGGGGAGGGUAGUGCUUUCCGAUGCAUUCGAAUCAGCGCUCGAACCGGCACCCUUCACACCGCUUGGCGACGCUGCACCAUGGAAGCUGUUGCAGGGAGUCAUGCGUGCCGUGUGGAAGGACAUCCUCGUCGCACCGGACGUCAUGGGCGGCAACACAGACACCAAGUCUUACUGGGCUUUGACAAAGCACAUCUUCCGAUUCAGCCCAGGUUCGGACCGACCUUUCCCAAUCGAGGGUGGAGACGAGAACAUCCACACAGUCGACGAACGCGUUACGAUCUACGGACUGGUCAAGUCGGUCGAGUUCUACAGUCUGUUGAUUCAGGCAGUUGGGUCGCAGACGGAAUUGUAG